UUAUUAGGCAUUGGUGGUUAAAUUUAACAUCGGAUGAUGUGAAGUGAAACACAAUUUCCCCAUUUUAAAGGCAAAACAAAACAGAACAAAACUGCAGGGGGUUUUUUUGUUGUUGUUUUGCCUCCCGGGUUGAGUCUCAUUCCCAAACAAGGUUUAGUUUCCUUUGACUCGAUUCUGAUGCUGCCUCAGCAGUUUUCCUUGCUGAGAAAAUGCAGAACUCAUGGGAUCUUUGCAGGGAAAGGCCACUUCUGUCCUUCUGUGGGGACGAGUAUAACAAAGCGCGGGUGCCAGCCCUCUGCUGCUUCCAGUGGCACCCACGGCAGCCUCGCAGGGACAUGCUCCCACCUAACUGCUCCGCGCACAGCGACGCCGUGGAGGUGUCGGUGGCCGCGCUGCUGCUGCUGGAGUGUGGGCUGGGCCUGCUGGGCAACGCCGUGGCGCUCUGGGCUUUCUUCUUCCGCCUGAAGGUAUGGAAGCCGUACGCCGUCUACCUGUUCAACCUGGUGGUCGCGGACCUCCUGCUGGCCAUCUGCCUGCCCUUCCACGCGGCCUUCUUCCUGGGACACAAGACCUGGGGCUUGGGGCGCGAGUCUUGCCGAGCCCUGCUGUUCCUGCGCGCCCUCAGCCACGGCGUGGGCAUCGCCUUCCUCACCGCCGUGGCUUUGGACCGUUAUUUUCGAGUGGUCCACCCUCGGCUCAAGGUCAACCUGCUGUCCUCCAGGGGGGCCCAGGGGCUCUCAGGCCUCGUCUGGAUACUGAUGAUCGCCCUCAGCCACCAAAGCUUGCUCGCCUCGGAGGCCGAGUGCCCCGGUUCUGACCCCAGCUCUGAAGGGGGCGUCUCCUUCAGCCUCACCUGGCAGGAGGCGCUGUCCUUCCUCCAGUUCAUCCUUCCCUUCAGCCUCAUCUUGUUCUGCAACGCCGGCAUCAUCAGGACCCUGCAGAAGCGGCUCCGGGACACGGAGAAGCAGCCCAAGCUGCAGCGGGCCCGGGCGCUGCUGGCCGCGGUCGUGGUGCUGUUCGCACUGUGCUUCCUGCCCAGCUUUCUGGCCCAGAGCCUGAUGGCCAUCUUCCGAGGGACGGACAGCUGCAGGUUCCUGAGAGCCAUGGUGCACACGGCCGACGUGGCCGGCAGCCUCGCCGGCCUGCAGAACGUGCUGAACCCGGUGGUGUACUGCCUCUCCAGCCCCGCGUUCAGGCACUCCUACCGCAAGGUCUUCUCCACCCUCAGAGGCCGAGGGCAGGACACUGAGGCUCCGGGCUGCGACCUCCGAGACUCCUACUCCUGAGGACAGCCAGCUCCGCCAGCCCCGCUGUUAUGGGCACAGCCGGGGAGCUCAGUAAUGAUGACCGUGAGUUAGGGCUCCGGGAGAAGAGGACGCCUGGAGGCCGCCCUGCGGAGACCAGGUCACAAACUUGGGCAGAGCUGCAGCAAGUGCUGUGAUUUAUUGUGUUUCCCAGGGUUCUCUUCUGCUACUUUAUAUAAUAGGGCAGCACAUCAAACAGCGGAAGACUUUGUACAGAGCUGUAAUGCAGGCUAAAUUGCUAAAUUGAAAACUUAGGCAGCCCCUGCAUAGCCACACCUGCGGAAAGGCGCUCUGAUGGAUAGGUAGUGGAGGGGGGUGGGGGCUGGAAGCUGGUGUUAUUCUGACUCCAGCUGGUCCUCAUGAGUCAUUUUCACUUUCUUUCUUCAGUCUGUAAAUGCAAAACCUCUGUGCUGUCUUCCCACCUGUUGCACAGAUGUGCGAUGACUGGGAAAGGGGGCUUUGGGGUUCUGCAGGGAGGUUCCGGUAUGUAUUAGCUGUCUUCCAUACUCAGCUGUAUUCAGCACAUGAUGUGUUUAGUUUUAUAAAUGUUUGCUUCAUUUGUAUAGAUUAUGCGUUACGUCAAAGACAAUACAGCUAGUUCCCUAUUUUAUUAUAGGAAAUACUUUCCUACUAAAUGUGUCAAAAAUGCCUCUAGAACUUUUUUCUAAAUUUGAAUGUUCAAAUGCCUUUAAACCUUACUUUGCUUUCCUUACUAUAAAAAAGUCACAGUACUUUCUGCGUCCUGGGAGAGACACGCAGUGAGAGCUAUCAAAUUACCUGUAAAACGGUGCUUUUCUCCCCAAUACUGUGGCGUGACUCGUGCAGAAGUCAAGCCCCUGAGGGUGGGAAGACCACUGCAGAGAAGAUUAUGUCCCAAACUUGGAGCUCAUGAUGGUGACGAAGGACUUCAGAAGCUAACUUCCUAACUGCCUUAUCUCUCAUUCUCCGUUCAAAUCUGGAAAUAUGGCCCCCAAAAGGGACUCACCAACAUGCUCAGAGGAGGCACAGGGUCUGCUUUGUAAUGACAGGGGUCCCCUGAGCUCCCCACCUGGCAGCCUCGCCUGGAGCUGCACCUGUAUUGUUCACCUGGGGAGACCACUGCUUUCCCCAGGGACUGGUCCCAGGACUUCUGUAAUGUUGAAGGUUAAAACUGGUGGUGUUAAGCUAUAGAAAAUGGUAAAACCACUGCCACUCCUAGAGCUGUCUGCCUACCAGGGAGGCUCCUCAUCAGAACAAACUUGAACCCUGAGCGUGUCCCCACUCUUGUGCUCAUGAAGCACGUGACAGCCUGACAACGGGAGAGUAAUGCAUUCAGUUUUCCCAGGGGAACGGCAUCCUAUCAGCAACUCCAUGCUGUCUCCUUACAUUUCAUUUCCACCCAAGUCAAUAUAAAUUCAAAGGGCUUAGAAGGGACAUGCCUGAGAGCAGGUGAAGAUGUGAAAUAUCUGAAUAAAAUUAUCAGGUGUGAACACAUUCUACACUGU